CAUUGUGUGUCGCUCAUCGAAAUAAUACGUAAAUUCGGGAGAAGAAUGGUCAGUUGUUCCGCCUACGGAUGUGCAAACAGAAGUGGAAAAUCAGCUGUUAGUUUCCACAGCAAGAAGACAUCAUCCAUUCAGGAGAAUUAUAACCGACCUCCUCUCAGCUCAUCUGAACACAGCCAUCACGUCGGUAUCCCACCGGUAAAUGGUCAGAGGAAGCUGGAACGUCAAAAUUUGUCUCCGUCUGUAGUAGACUUUAAGACUGAUUUUGGGGACAAGUUGGAUUGCAAUCCAGAAGUAUUUCUCAGAGAUGCGCCGCCUCUCAAGCCACUCAUUGCGAGGGCCAUCGUGCAGUCUCCGUACAGUUUUAUGCUUGGUGAUAACUGAGACAGCUGUGCAGUGAGAAGAGAAGUAUUUUCUAAUGGAAGAGAGAAGUAAUGGACUACAGAUAUCUGAAUGGUGACGGACCUGCACUUUCUGAACAGUGGAAAGAAGACAGAGAAUGCAUCAGUCUUUGACAGAUGUUGAGCGUUUCAUCCUCAGGUUGAGCUGAAACUUACCACUGAAAAUUAUCACAACAAAUGGGAGAAGUAUUCCGGUAUGUUUCACAAAUUGCACACCUGAAUCUUCUCAAAUGAGAAAGUUGUUUUCCAGAAGUGUUAGGUAAAUUCACAGGUUAAUGUAACGCACGUCUGAUGCUGUGUUACUGGUGCACUUGCCAAGUGACCAAAUGGUAUUUUGAAAUUUUUCUAGAGUUUUUGCUGUGUUCAGCAGUCGGCUAUUUGUUGUGAAUUGUA